CACUCCUCAAGAACCUUCGGCGCUGCACAGUCUCCGCUAGCAUCCUAUCGCCGCUGACUUGCUCACGGCGUGACCUCUAGCCCUCCUCACAGUCUGCACACUCUAGCGGUCGUUUGCGUCUCGCUGUCUGUCCCUCUCUUCUUAUCUGUAGGUCUCACUUCAUGUAAAAUAGCAGAACAGCUUCAACCAGGAGAGAAAAGUCGCUCCUGACGGCUUUUCUCUACUGUUUCUGUCUCUCUUUUGCCAUAUUCUCUUCAUUGGAAGUCUCAAGCGUUUGCCGAGUCGUCGCGACAUCUUCUAGACGCUCUGGAGCCACAGGAAACCCACGCAAACAUGGAGCUCAGCUAUCCGCUUGUGCGCGUGCCCUUCGAGGGCGCCAGCAAGAGCUUCCGCCUGUACCAUAAGCAACUUACGCGCGAGUUGGCGCAGGCUGCGGCGCAGAUUGAGGCGCUGGACGACGGCGACGGGCAACAGCCUGGACAUCGCAUGGACGUCGAGAUGGCCAUCAAGAAGCUCGCGGAGCUGACAGAAAAGCUCCGGGACUUGAAGAAAAGUGCCAAGAAUCAUGUACUCGAGCAACAGACCGACCUACAGAGCUGUAUCACACGUGCACAGUACGCUGAGAGCUUAAAAAAGGCAAAGAUCGAGGGUGACCCCUCGUUAUCAAGCCACCAGACCGGAUCCAUCAACGACAGACUCAUCGCCGACUUUUUGCUGGGUCAAGGAUACCUCGAGAGUGCCAAGAUCAUCGAAGACACAAAAGAUGUCGGCCACUUGGUGGAUCACGAGCUUCAUGGCGAGUGUCAAGCGGUGCUGAAGGAUCUACAAGCUCACCACACAGACAAGGCACUCACGUGGUGCUCGCAGAAUGGAUCACGGUUGCGACGCCUGCAGUCGCCGCUGGAAUUCCACUUGCGACUGCAGGAUUUUAUCGAGUUUGUACGCGCUCACAAGCCGCUAGAGGCUGUCCAACACGCACGCACAUUUCUGACCCCUCUAGCGAUGCAGCCAGACAAGCAAAGUCUUCGUGAUGCGGCGAUCGGUGAAGUGCAGAUCGCUAUGGCGACGCUGGCGUUCAAGUCGCCUGAAGAGUGCGGCAUCGAGACGUACGAGAAGAUUUUCGCUGUGGACAGAUGGCUGACACUGGAGAAAAUGUUCCGUAAGGCAUUCAAUGACGUGUAUGGGAUGCACGAUCCGCCGUCGCUGUGUAUUGCGUUGCAUGCCGGACUGUCUACGCUGAAUACUCGAGCGUGUCAUCUCACUCGAGAUGCUAAUUUGAAGGCGAGACUUGCACACAGUGAAGCUCAAGGCAAGCGACAACGUCGAGAAGGUGACGAUAAGCGCAAGUACACACGUGCUGAGGUCGCAGUGCCGAUCUGUCCAGCUUGCAGCGAAGCGGGCAGCCAAUUAUGCGCGGGACUCCCAUUUGCGUAUCAUCCACACUCUCGACUGGUGUGCCGAGUAACGCAAAGCGUCAUGGACGAGCACAAUCCGCCGCUUGUGCUUCCCAAUGGCCGAGUAUACAGCAAGCAGGGCAUUGAACUCCUUACACAGCGCAGCUCCGACGGCACGAUCAAGUGCGUCGACACUCAAGAUGUUUUCUCAUCUACCGACGUCAAGCCCGUCUACAUUCUCUAA